AUGUCUUCACCAUUAUUAGUUUCUAAUGGAUCUGCCGGAAAAGGUGGCCGGAUUCUGAUCGUCGGAACGACGGGAUUCAUCGGACAAUUUAUAACACAAGCAAGUCUUGAUGCUAAUAGAAGAACAUAUAUUCUUAUUAGAUCAUUUUCAGAUAAUUUUCAUUCUAAGAUCAAAAUUAUCAAAGAAUUCGAAGAUAAAGGGGCCAUAAUAUUGCACGGUGAUAUAAAUGACCAAAAAUUCAUGGAGCAUAUGCUAAGAAAGCGUGAGAUUGAUAUUGUAAUAUCAGUUGUUGGAGGUGAAAGUAUACUUGAUCAACUUGUCCUUGUUCAAGCCAUGAAAGUUGUUGGAACUAUCAAGAGAUUUUUGCCAUCAGAGUUUGGACAUGAAGUGGACAGGUCAAAUCCAGUGGAGCCAGGGCUAAAUAUGUAUAAACAAAAGAGAAAAAUUAGAAGAUUUAUAGAGGAAAUGAAAAUACCUUAUACUUAUAUUUGUUGCAAUUCAAUUGCUUCUUGGCCAUAUUAUGACAAUAAACAUCCUUCUGAUGUUCUUCCUCCUCUUGAUUAUUUCCAAAUUUAUGGUGAUGGCAAUGUCAAAGCUUAUUUUGUGGCUGGUGCUGAUAUUGGAAAAUUCACUAUAAAAGCAGCAGAAGACAAAAGGACAUUGAAUAAAUGUGUACAUUUUCGACCAAAAUGUAAUUUCCUUAAUAUGAAGGAAAUUGCUACUCUUUGGGAAAAUAAAAUUGGGAAAAUAUUACCAAGAGUUACAAUCACUGAGGAUGUCCUAUUAGCUAUUGCUGGCGAGAAAAUAAUCCCUAGAAGUGUAGUUGCAUCUUUGACACAUGAAAUUUUCAUAAAGGGCUGUCAAAUUGGAUUUUCUAUUGAUGGCAAAAAAGACCUUGAAGUUUGUGAUUUAUACCCAAAUGAGUCCUUUUGCACUAUGGAUGAGUGUUUCAAUGAUUUCCUUUUAAAGAUGGAUGAAAUGCUCAAAAUGUCUACUAAUUAG